CAAAUAUUCGGUUGUGGUUUGUUUAGCAAUGUAUUAUUGUCACUAUUGUCCUUCGAGAAGUAUUCUAGCAAUCAUCGCGUUUUGCCGCAUAAGUAAAAUUGCUGCUUAAAUAGUAAUAGUGAAAUCGCAAUGUGGUGGUUUAAUAAAACGAUAACUUGUAGUACAACUGCAUUUGCUGCAAUAUUCUAUUGUGUUAUCAUAGUGCGUAAUCGCAAGGAGAAGAAGGAAACAGGCAGGGCCGAUGACAAUAAUACAGCUUUUGAAAUUAAAAUAGCUAACCCAUCUUCGCCUAAUAUACAUAAUGGAAAAGUUUUUGCUAAGAAUUCUCUCUCGGCUAGUCCAAAUAAUGUGCCAUUGACGUCAAAAGUUGGACAAGUCGUAUCUCAUUUGUCAAAACAGAGUGCAUCUAAUGCUUUGGUAAAAUCACGCAAUAAAAAAUUAUUCUCGAUACAAUUGAAAACUGAAAAAGGUUGUAAUUCAAUUGUUUUGAAUAAUUCUAGAUUCUUUACACACGAUGAUUCAAACGAAACGAUUAUACUAAAUAAUAUCGCUUUUCCUUGUGAAAGUGGAUUUGGCAAUAUGCAAGAUAAUUUGAAUCAUUCAUUAAUUAUUCAUAUUGAUGAUUCGUCGGACUUGACAAAUAAUAAAACCCAAAUAAAAAUUUUCAACAAACCAAUAAAACAAUCGAUGCAAGAUGUGCUCAGUAUUUCUACGAAUUGUUCUACUAAUAACAGAUCUGCCAAUUCAAUUAUGAUCAGCCAGAAUGAAAACCAAGGAAUUGGUAUCACGAUUUCACCGUUCAAUAACCGGCACAUUGUGAAUCCUAUUAUAACGUUUCGUGGAAAUCGAUCAACGAAUACAAACCAAUGGACAAAAGAAAUAGAAAAAAAUGAUGUAACUGUUAUAAUCAAUGCUCCUGUAUAAACACAACAAAAAGCGCCAAUAUUUUUAAAAAAUUUCAUAUUUCUCAGAAGUGUUGAAUCGAUUUCUUGUUUUCAGAAGAAAAUUAUAUUAAUUGUA